AUGUCUGGUACAACGCAGAAGAAAUCCGAGAACUUCGAACUUACCUCUUCGUGGACGGACGCCGAGGGCUUUGGCACCUCGCGGAGGUCGGAUGUUUCUGCCGAGUCGGGCGAGAUCAUCUCGGCCAAGGAAAAGGGCGUUCAGCGUCAGCUCAAGCCCCGCCACGUGUCGAUGAUUGCGCUGGGUGGUACCAUCGGUACCGGUCUGUUCAUCGGUAUCGCGGACCCUCUGCAGUCUGCGGGUCCUGUUGGGUCGCUGAUCGCGUAUUUGUUCAUGGCGUCGCUGGCGUACAGUGUGACGCAGUCGCUGGGAGAGAUGGCCACGUUCAUCCCCGUGACCUCGUCGUUCACGGUGUUCACCCGCCGGUUCUUGUCGCCUGCGCUGGGUGCGGCCAACGGUUACCUGUACUGUUUCUCGUGGUGUAUCACGUACGCGCUGGAGCUGUCUGUGGUUGGCCAAAUUAUCGAGUUCUGGACGGACGCGGUGCCCAACGCCGCGUGGAUCAUCAUUUUCUGGAUCCCUCUGACGCUGGCGAACUUCUUCCCCGUGUCGUACUACGGUGAGUUCCAGUUCUGGAUUGCGCUGGUGAAGGUCGUGGCCAUUGUCGGGUUUAUCAUCUACUGUUUGUGCAUGGUGUGUGGCGCCGGUGUGACGGGCCCUGUCGGGUUCCGCUACUGGCGCAACCCCGGUCCUUGGGGGUUCGGUAUCGUCGCCAAGGGCACAGGCGAGGCGCGCUUCCUGGGUUGGGUUUCGUCGCUAAUUAACGCUGCCUUCACCUACCAGGGUACCGAGCUGGUUGGUAUCACCGCGGGUGAGUCCAGCAACCCUCGUAAGACAGUCCCCAAGGCCAUCAACAAGGUUUUCAUGAGAAUCAUGCUUUUCUACAUCGGCUCCCUUUUCUUCAUCGGUCUCCUAGUGCCUUACAAUGACGAGAAACUCACCUCGUCUGCUUCCUACGUGGCCAGCUCUCCUUUCAUCAUCGCCAUCGAAAACUCGGGUACCAAGGUCUUGCCCCACAUCUUCAACGCCGUCGUUCUCAUUACCAUCAUCUCUGCCGCCAACUCCAACGUUUACGUUUCUUCCCGUGUCUUGCUAGGUCUCGCCAACGAGGGCUUGGCCCCAAGGUUCUUGAAGAGAAUCAAUCGCCAUGGUAUCCCAGAUUUCUGCGUGGGUAUCUGCGCUCUUUUCGGGUUUUUGGGCUACUUGAGUGUUUCUAACGGAGGUGCUACUGCCUUUGACUGGUUGCUGAACAUCACUGCCGUCGCGGGCUUUUUCGCCUGGCUCUUCAUUUCGCUCUGCCACAUCCGCUUCAUCCAGGCUUUGAAGCACCAAGGCAUUUCUCGUGACGACUUGCCAUUCAAGGCCAAGCUAAUGCCAUGGGGUGCUUACUACGGUGCAUUUUUUAUCCUCCUCAUCAUCGUCAUCCAAGGUUUCACCGCAUUCACGAACGGCUUCUCUGUCUCAGACUUCUUCACCUCCUACGUCAGUGUUAUUUUGUUCAUUGUGCUAUGGAUUGGUUUCCAAUGCUACUUCCGUGGAAGAAUCAUUCACAAAAUUGAGGAUGUCGACAUUGACAGUGACAGAAGAGAUAUUGACGCUGAAGUGUGGGUCGACGAUGAGCCAACAUCGGCCUGGGGGAGGUUUUGGGCCUGGAUGGCCUGA